AUGGACGUACCGACUGCGCCCUCUGAAGAAGCGAAAGAAGGGCCACUCUUUCAAGAGACCCAAGAAUCUCAGACAACUCCAUCUUCCGCUUCCAUGGUUUCCGAGAAGGGAGACAUCGACAACAACAAUGGCGCCCCCUCCGCACCCCCCCCAUUCACAAUCUCCACCCGCUUCGUUAUGGCCUUUGUUGCUCUGUCAGUGCUUACUCUCAUGGUGGCGCUUGAUGGCACUUCAAUCAGUGUCGCCCUCCCCAUCAUCGCCAGAAAACUACACGGAACCGCCAUUGAAGCAUUCUGGGCCGGCACUUCGUUCCUCCUCGCCUCGACCGUAUUUCAACCCAAUUUCGCCUCCUUCAGCCAUAUCUUUGGACGAAUGCCUGUCAUCAUGGUCUCUAUUGCAUUGUUCUUUGUGGGUGUGAUGAUGGCGGCCUUAUCAAAUGGUUUCGGACUAUUACUUGCUGGAAGGGCAGUUCAAGGGCUUGGUGGCGGCGGCGUCAUGGCCAUGACCGAAAUCGUCAUCACAGAUCUGGUUCCCCUCCGUUACAGAGGUCAAUGGGCUGGAAUCAUAGCUGGGAUGUGGUCUAUUGGGUCUGUGUCGGGUCCCAUCAUCGGCGGCGCCUUUGCCCAAGUUCAAUGGCGUUGGAUUUUUUGGCUCAAUCUCCCCUUUAUCGGCAUCGGAGCUGUCAUGAUUCCUUUGUUCCUCCGUCUCAACGUCAUUCCACAGAGCAUUGCCGCAAAGUUGCGCCGGGUGGAUUGGAUUGGCACCGUCGUCUUCGUGGGCAGCAUGACGAGUUUCCUCAUCCCACUGACAUGGGGCGGCGUCAUGUACAGCUGGUCGUCGUGGAGGACGUUGGUUCCAUUGCUCGUCGGCGCCGUGGGCCUGAUUGGCUUCGGCUUCUAUGAAGCAUACCUCGCGCCGGAACCUUUGCUGAGACUGUCGGUGUUCAGCAACCGCACCGCCAACAUCGCAUACGUGACGACAACCCUCCACGGCAUGGUUCUCUGGUGUAUCUUGUACUACCAGCCACUGUACUUCGAAGCUGUCAAGGGCUACACACCUGUGGUGGCGGGUGUCGCGCUCUUCCCCGCGAGUUUCACCGUGGCGCCAAUGGCCGUAGUGACGGGCCUGUUGAUCACAAAGUUCGCGGCAUACCGCUGGUCCAUCUGGGCCGGCUGGACUACUGCGACACUGGGUCUGGGUCUUCUGACGCUUCUGAAGGUGGACACGACCAUCCCGCAGUGGAUCUUCAUCGACCUGAUCUCGGGCAUCGGGCUGGGCAUCCUGUUCCCGGGCCAGCAGUUCCAGGUGCAGGCCGCCAGCUCGAACAAGGACAUGGCGUUCGCGGUGGCCAUCUUCGUCUUCUUCCGCUCGUUCGGCCAGACCGUGGGCGUGGCCAUCGGCGGCGUCAUCUUCCAGAACCAGAUGGUGACCAACCUGCAAAAGUACCCGGCCUACGCCGCCCGCGCCUCGGAGCUGGCCAAGGACGCCGCCGCCCUCGUCGAGAUCAUCAAGGCCACCCCCAGCGGCGCGGGCAAGUUGGCCCUGCGCACCGCCUACACCGACUCGCUACGGACAGUCUACAUCGUUCUCACCGCGCUGGCGGGCUUUUCUCUCGUGCUGAGCCUGUUCAUCAAGGCGUACGACCUCAACGUCGGCCUCGAGACCGAGCAGGGUCUGAUCGUCUCGGUCAAGAAGGCCCCUCCUCCGAACGCCAGAGGUCGAGACGAGGAGGAGCAGGUCGCGGUCCCGGUCCACGGCAACCAGGCCGUCCUGCAAGGUUCAACUUAA